AUGGCGCUGCCUCCCAAGCUCUACACCUGGCUUUGCGGCUGUUUCGCCGCCCUCGGUUCCAUCCUCUUCGGUUAUGAUCUUGGUGUCAUUGCCGGUGUCAUCGUCGCACCCGACUUCCUUCGCGUCACCAAGAACCCCAACUCGGACUACAUCGGCUUCAUCGUCAGCUCCAUGCUCCUCGGCGCCUUCGUCGGUUGCAUUCCCGCCUCGCUCAUCGCAGAUGCUUUCUCCCGACGCUUCGCUAUUAUGGUCGGCGCCAUCGUCUUCAUCCUCGGCGGUGUCCUCCAGACCGCUGCCGCCAACCAGGGCAUGAUGAUGGCCGGUCGCUUCUUCGCAGGCGUCGGAAUCGGCAUGUUGUCUCUUCUGGCUCCGCUCUACCAGUCCGAGAUUGCCCAUCCCUCGAUCCGUGGUCGACUCACAACGCUUCAGCAAUUCUUCCUCGGCAUCGGCGCGCUCAUCGCAAGUUUCGUCGUUUACGGCUGCAGUCUCCACCAGGCGGGCACUGUCUUCCAGUGGCGCUUCCCGCUCGGCCUCCAGAUCGCUCCUGCUGUGCCUCUGGCUUUCCUGAUCAUGCUCUUCCCCGAAUCGCCGCGUUGGCUCAUGUCCAAGGGUCGUGAGGAGGACGCGCUGCGCUCGCUCGCUCGCCUUCACGCUCGCGGCGACACCUCGGAUGUCUUUGUCCGCGCCGAACUCGCCGAGAUCAAGGCUCAGCUCGCCAUCGAGAAGGGCACCUCCAGCGGCUGGAGUGAGAUCUUCAACAGCAGCCAGAACAUCCGAAAGGUCGCCAUCGGAGUUAUCCUCCAAUUCUCGGUGCAGAUCACGGGUGUAGCCGCCAUCCAGUACUACGCUCCCACGAUCUUUGGCGCCUUCGGUUACAGCGACUCCAAGGUCUUCCUCAUUCAGAGCAUCAACUCGAUCGUCGCACUCGUCGGAGAGGGUGCUUGCGUGCUCUUUGUCGACAGGCUCGGCCGUCGAUGGCCCCUGAUCACCUGCAACGCCAUCGCGGGCGCAUGCUUCGCCGUCGCCACUGCUCUCCAGGCUCGCUACCCGGCCGGCAGCCCUGACUUUACCACGGGUGCUGGAUACGCCUUCAUCGCUAUGAUCUUUAUCUUCAACUUCGCCUUCUCUGCCGGUAUCGGACCCCUGUCUUGGGCGGUCCCCGUGGAGAUGUUUGGCACGUCGAUCAGGGCUAAGGGUACGGCGCUGACGAGCAUCAGCUGCUGGGUUGCCAACUUCAUGAUCGGACAGGUUACGCCCAAGGCGCUCGAGAGCGUGGGCUGGAAGUACUACAUCCUGUUCGCUGUCGGUGGCUUCACCAACGCGCUCACCUUCUGGCUCAUCCUUCCCGAGACCAAGGGCCGAACGCUCGAGGAGAUGGACCGCUUCAUCGAGAGCACGCCCUGGAUCGUUGCUUUCCACGACAUGAAGGUGGUGUCGAGCAAAGAGCGCGAGGACGAGCUGCGCCGAGGCGUCGUCCACGCACCCCAGGCCGAGUUCCUCGAGACCGGCAGCCAGGAGGAGAAGUUCGACGGCCUCAAGACCAGCAGCCACGACCACGACCUCGAGAAGCACUGA